CAAAGCACAAGCAGCCCGGUUGGCAGCCGCCCUAAAAAGCCGCAGCUGUGCGGGACGGGCCCCUCGCACCCCGGUACCGCAGCACGGACAGAGCCCCGGCCGAGCCCCGAGGUGCAAAGGAGGAGCUCAGAGCUUCCCUAGGGGCUGCUCUCGACCAAGGAAUGCCGCAGCCGGCGUGUGCUGCUGCCGGGUGGGCUUUAUCGUGCUCAGCUGAGGGUUAGCAUCAGUAAAUUUUGGAUCAGAGAGGAUGGGAGCGAAUGAGAAAAAUAAUUGCCAACAGGUGGGAUCGUUUAAACGGUGAUUGCAGCGCUCGGCGUUCAACGGCUCGGUCUCUGGGCUGUUGUGGAUUGAUUUUUGGUGUGUGAAACAGAAAGAAAAAAAAACCUGUUUCCCUCCUUCCUUCCAAUAAUCUCCCCCCACUCUAAAAAAAUCCCAAACAAACAAAUAAACCACAAAAACAAUAAAAAGAAAAACAAGCUCACGAAACCAAGCCAACCAAACAAAAAGCUCCAAACUUCAGACCCCAUCGGCCGUUUCUUUCGAAAAUAAAAAGGUAACAAAAAACUGUAAAUGUUCAAUAAGUUAAAAUGCGCCUAUCAAUACAAUGGCACCAACACCAACUUUGCAUUUUAAACCAGGCGCUAUAGAGCACAGGGCGAAGGGGGAACCCGCCAAGUAACACCGAUUUCGUUUACGUCCAAAGAGCAGGUUAUUCAGCACCUUUGCCUCCCUCCGCAGGCUUUACAAGCUGCGGCCAGCUCCGAGCCACGCUCCAAACCCAAGAUCAGGAGCAUCCCGGCGGGGCAGAGACGGGCACCCCAUUACCCCUCCUCAUCACCCCGGCCACCGGCGGGAGCGGGAGGCAGAGCCGCGCGGAUGCCGGGUCAGACUUCCAAACCCAGCUCAAAUUUGCCGAGGUCGCGGCCCCCAGUGCUGCGGGGUGGAUUCGUGCACAACCCCUACAUCCAUCCCCCGUCACCCACCUCCAGGUGAGGGUAGCGAACCCCGCCUGUGGCGCGGAGGGGCAGCGCAACUCCUGCCGCACCCAAGACCGUGGCGGGGCUCGGUGAUGGUGCUGCCGUUCCGCCCACACCUCGGCGACGCCCCGACGGCAUAAAAAAGAGGGAGCCGCCACCCACGGCCGCUGUCUGCCAUGAAGCUCACCUGGGACAUCAACGACCCCAAACUGCCGCAGGAGCCCAAGCACUUCGACGCCUUCCAGGAGUGGCCCGAUGGCUACGUGCGGCUCAUCUACUCGAGAGAGGAGAAGAACGCGCAGCGGCACCUCAGCGGCUGGGCCAUGCGCAACACCAACAACCACAACUGCCAGAUCCUCAAGAAGUCCUGCCUGGGCGUGGUGCUGUGCGCCCGGAGCUGUGCCCUGCCCGGCGGGGCCAGGCUGCAGCUCCGCCCCGCCAUCUGCGACAAGGCUCGGCAGAAGCAACAAAAGAAAGCCUGCCCCAACUGUAACUCUGCCCUGGAGCUGAUUCCUUGCCGAGGACACAGCGGCUAUCCAGUCACAAACUUCUGGAGGCUUGAUGGAAAAGCAAUAUUUUUCCAGGCUAAAGGAGUCCAUGACCAUCCCCGGCCAGAAAGCAAACUGGAGGCAGAGGCAAGAAGAAGUGCAACUAAGAAGCAAAUGUCCUCUUAUCACCACUCCCAGAAAAAGAGAUCUCUAAAUUCAGAGGCAGGAAGGUACCCUGAAAGCAGUGGUUACACCAAUAACCUACAGAAUUUUCACUGCAUGGAUGGCCCAGAAAGAGUUGGUAUCUUCACAGACACCAAUUUUUCAAUUCCAGCCCAGUCUUACCCUUCACUGCAGAACACAGACCUCUACAAGGCACCUUACGACUCAGCCAGCUUCCAAGAGGACCAGCUAUCGCCAUACCCUAAAUGCCCAAAUCCAAGGAUCUACAUGCCCGUGCCAUGCAGCUAUGAGUUUGGAGUUCCUACCUUUGUAAGCUCAAGCCCUUACCCAACAUUUUACAAAGAUCUGCCCAGUCCUGCCAUUGAUGCAGAACCCCUCAGUCUGAACGGGCCUCACUACAACGCUGUGACCACCCAUGACAAAGGCUUUGACAACCCUGGCAGACAUUACGGACUGAAACCAGCGUGGGGGAAAACCGGCAGCGGAGACCGGAGUGACUACGGGCAGAUGGCCACAAGUGCUCCCCACACUUACUGCAGUGGGGACUGUGCCUGCAGGUACAGCCCCAGCCCCGCUCCCAUGGCCCCGCCGCUGCAGACCGUCAUCACCACCACCACCAAGGUGUCCUACCAGGCCUACAAGCCACCCGCGCUGAAGUACAGCGACAACCUCUGCGACAUGAAAAACAUCCAGAGCUACACCCACGUGGCAGAAAACAUCUCCUCAGGUGCUGUCUAUUCAGGGAUGAAGAUUCAGGAAGACUUUGGGAUGAUAAAGUCAGCGUUGCUCUACCAGCAUGACUCCAUCCCCACAAAAUCCAAACCAGCUGAGGGCAUGGAGAGCUAUCGGUAUGGGUUCCCUCUGGGGAGCAGCUUUGCCGAGCAUGAAGGCCAGGCCCUAAGGUUUGAGAGUGCUGAGUAUUGACUAAAUGGUGCCUAAAUGGCAAAUACCUGCAGAUGGGAGAAUAGAUUAUUGUGCUGACUAUGUGAGUGCCAAGCCAAGUGGUUUGGGAUUUGAGGAGAAAUAAAGAAGCAAAACACCAAGACUGCUUUUUCCCAAAGGCAUCUUUUCUGGAGCUGUGUGCUGAGUGAAUUAUAUUUUGCAUCUAAUUUCAAAGAAACCCCACUCAAUCUCUAAAAUGGCACAAGGAACUGAGCCCAAAACACACCUCGGAGAAGGUAAUAUGGAGGCACAGCUCCUCUGGAAGUCAGCAGCCUCCUCUGACAGCAAGUGCAAUCCACUUAGAGCUACAACUCCUGCCUCAAGCUUUGAGAGAAAAUGCCCCAUCUGUAAGAAAGAAAAGACUAAUCAGGUAAUGGAAAUAAAUGAAGGAAGGUGGCUCUAGAUUAUAGUCAACAGAAGGAAAUGUCAGGGAAAGAAAGAAACAACAUAAAUGUGAAAGCAAGACGAUUUGCAGAAUAAUUCACCUGAAUGUUUCAUUCACCUGCCAUGAUCCUUUUGAUGAAUGGAAAGAUCAACUAAGUUUCUCUGAAAUGAGAAAUGAAAAACCUGAAACCUGAGAAAUGAAGUUUGCUAAAUUCAUGUUGCUUUUUGAUCCCCUGUAUCAAGAGUAGAGACUACUCAGCCUUUCUGUGUAAGAAGGACAACCCAGCACAGCCACACCAGGAACUGAUGCCCCGAAACACUCCGCCUGGAGGCAGGAAGGCUCAGGCAACCUCUACCAAGCCUGCUCAGCAUCACAUGGCUGCCAGAGUUAACUUAUGUGGUCCUGAAAACCACUUACAGUGAAAUUGGUGUUUGCUUAAAGGGGCCUGGAAAGCUGGUGAGGCCAAUUGGUUACUGGUGCAGCAUUCUAUUGACCCAUGAAUACAACUGGUCCUGUCUAGGAAUGCAACAUCCCAGCUGCUUAGUACAGGUCAGUGUUGAAUAAACCUUUCCUGGCUGCCUCUCUGCACUCCAUCUCCAUCAGGUCUCUCUCUCUCUCCCAAAGGACUUUUUUUCUCUGUAAACAUAGCUCCCCAUGACAGCACUGCUUUGGAAAUUAAGCAACCAGCCAACAGAGAGGUUACAAAACAAAAUCUCCAAACUGAGCUAAUCAAUAAAUUGUAAAGAAAUGCAUUCCCAAAUUCAUCCCUAAAACAACUAAUUCUUCUUUAAUCUGGAAAGAAGAAAAACCAGAGCAGUGCAGGUUUAAAACUAAAGAUAUUUUGAAAGCUGCCUAGUAUUGGGGAAUAGAACCCUCACCCAAAAUGUGUGUGCCAAGCAAGGGAGCUAAGUAGACACGGGAUUGAUCAGGGUAAAAAAAAAAUUCUUUAGGUACUAUUGUUAUUGAGUUACCAAGUAUCUUUAACUUUUUGAACUCUUUUUUUUUUUUUACCUCUGUCUUAUGUAUAUUUUUGCUGUGUUUUGAGAAGCAGCAUACUACUGUAGUCUUUCAAUAAAUGUGAAAUCACAGUUAAAUCAAGGCACCAUGUAAAGGAAUGUGAGCAGCUGGUUAGUUAGAAUUAUAUGGUUCUAUGCACUGAAACUAUCAUUAAACUGGUAAACAAAUUGUAUUUUCAAAGAACAGUUAAACAGCUAUUUUAAAAUAGUUAUUUCUGAUGUAAUGUAUUUUCUUUCUUUUUAUAUUUUUAUGAAAACCAUGGUUUUUUAAGUGUGUUCAGUCUGAGAUGUCAAACUGAGCCCCACAGGAAUUUAGUUAAUAGCAUCCUGUUUCAGCAGUGGAUUGGUCAGCAUUUUAAAAAUUCAAGCCAGACAAGGAUGGAAUUCACAAAAAGACUAAAUUAAUUCACCUGCAGCAAGCUUACCUUAUCUUUUAGCUUUAGUGUACUUUCUGUAUAUCUCCCUUAGCUUUUGUUAAACUCUUAGGGUAAUUCUUCUAACAAGUAUUUUAAAUUACUGAUAAGAAGAGAUUCAGGUGAACAACAUCAAUUUGAUAAUUAGCCCACCUACUUUAAAACCUUUACUAAAGAAAAAAAAAAAAAGGUGGUUUGUGAGUUAUUACCCAGAAAGACUGAUGCAAAAUUUUAGAGUUUAUGAGUAUAUAACACUAUGCCUGUUUACAGAACUGGGUUUUCUCAGCUGUAUGCUAAAUCAUAUCGAGGCAUUUGAUGUGUAGAAUAAUAAUCAAGGCUUACAGUCCUGUAAGUUUAAAAGGGGGAAAAAGUAUAAGAGGGGAAUAAGGCAAAACAAAAUGACUAAAAAAGCUGGAAAGAUUCACUGCAGAUGGGAAAAUCAAGGAAAAUAUUCAAGCUGUAAAUUGCUCUAUUUUAUAGUGAUUUUAGAGGAGUUAGCUAACCACAAGUCAAGCACAAGUUAUUAAAAUACUACUAGCUAUUAAAACAGACAAGCUGUGGGGGUUGCAUACUGCUUACAUUACUGGUAUUAAAAUUGUCAUUAUAGUUGUAUGCUUAAAUUGUUAUGCUAUCCAAUUAAAUAUAGCUUUUAAAGCAGAACUUUGUACACCAGUAAAGAAAAUGCAGCCAAUUGUGUUUAGAUGUUACUUUUAGAGUGCGGAUUUAUUUUAUAAUAAACAUGACAGCUGUUUAAGCACAGUGGAAAGUUAU